AAAUUUGCUCACAUGAUCAAAAAGUUUAUUGGAAGACGAAGCAAGACAAGAUGGACGUAGCUGAUCGCAGUUCUGGUACUGUUACUGUGCGUGAUGAAUUAGCUGAACGAUGCCAAAAGCUUUUUCAGGACUUCUUGGAAGAGUUCAAAGAAGACGGAGAGUUAAAGUAUCUAGCUGAUGCACAGGAACUUAUUCGUCCAGAACGAAAUACUCUUGUAGUAAGUUACAGCGAUGUUGAAGCUUACAAUGCACAGCUGUCGACUAUCAUACAAGAAGAAUAUUACAGAGUUUUUCCAUUUCUUUGCCGUGGUGUGAGGAACUUUGCGAGGGAUAGAGGAGAAGUCCCAACCAACAAGGAGUUCUAUGUCAGUUUUGUAGAUUUACCUACAAGACAUAAAAUAAGGGAAUUGACCAGUCAGAAGAUUGGAAGUUUACUGAGAAUUAGUGGUCAAGUUGUGCGUACCCAUCCUGUACAUCCAGAGUUGGUCACUGGUACAUUUGUCUGUCUUGAUUGUCAAACAAUAAUCAAGGAUGUUGAGCAGCAAUUCAAAUAUACACAG